AUUUGAUAAAGAUGAAUAGAAUACAAAUAUUUUUGAUUCCAGAAAGCAACGGCUGAAAAUGGAAAGAGGAACCAAAGAUGAGAACAAAAGCACAACGGUGUUGUAUAAGAAAACCUUAAGUGCACUCGGCGAGAGGAACUCUCGACCAUGCUCCAUAAGAAGCCACAAUUGUUCCAUAAGUGGAACACGUCAACUGGAAAAGCGGAUUUCAGGAGAUCACCUAUAUUAUCGUGACGGUGCCAAAACCAAAAGAGACCGCAGCAUCGAAACAGAUAUAUGUAAAAGGAGACGUAACAUCAGAAAAAGAGCAAGUAAAUAUUUGGAUUCAAUCAAAUCUACUUUUGGUGAUGGAGACUCUAGUAGUGGUGAGCCUGAGGCGAGAGCCGUUAAGUAUCAAAGUGUAGACGUUGUGUCACUAAUUGUUGACAAUUUUAAAGGUUUACUCAAUAAAUGGAUUCGUGAGUACCUUUUAGACAGUUCCGAUAAUUUGCAGAAAUUUGAAGCUAUACGUGAAUCUCUUCUGCGAAAAUUUGAUAAAAAACUAAAUCGAGCUCCAAAAUCUACAUAUAAUAUUAGUUUGGACAGGAAGAGAAAAAGAGCGUGGCGUCAAUAUUUGACAAAAUAUAGCAUAACUAACUGUGGAACAUGCUCAAAUUACACUAUGCCACUACAAAAUAAAAAAUGUACUCUGAUCUCUACUCUAAGCCUUCCAAGAAAUAUAGAUAAGCAAGGCAAUACUUUAAGUAGCAUGAAUAUCUGGGUUCCUUUAAAUAAACAAUUAGGUUUAGCAGAUUCUACUUUAAUUCUACUUACGAUAUCGUCUCAGUCGUUUACUAAACGCUGCGUCACUUACAAUGAACCUAAACCAGGCAUAGAAAAAAAGCCAUCAUUUGUAAACCUUCAAGAUAAAAAAACAAUUAACAGAUCGGUGACUAGUGAAGGACCAAUGAUUUUGCUACCUUCAAGGGCAAGAGUGGAAACUAUUAGUCUUGUUAGAAAUCUUUAUGAAGAUAGUGAUAUUCAAAUGCAAACCGAGACAAAAUAUGAUAAAGAUACAAUGACUGAAGAGCAUGGUUAUGAAUGUAGGUCAUGCUAUAGAUGCAAUAACAGCAGGAAAAAUUUGAAAAAGUUAAAAUCGUCUGGCUUAGGUUUAAAGUACUUCAAAUCCAGACAUUUCACGUAUCUAUAUAGGAGAGUAAGCAAUAGGAAUUCACGAAGUAAUGAAUUCAUAAAGCACUUCCAAACAUUAUUAAAUUACUUUGAACAAUACGAAGGGCCAAAUAAUUUAAUACUCGAUGUACAUGUUAAAGUAUCACCAAUUGAAAAUCUGGCAUCAUAUCAAGAACAUUUAAAUAAAACUUGCGAUCAUAAAUUUAGCAUUUCAACAAUUGGCAAAGCAAACUGCGGAUCCUGUUCGAAAGAUAGUAAACCUUCUGAAAAUGUAAACCGUCCGGAGAUAAUAUCACUCUUGGAUGGUUCUGAAAGCAAAGCCAAGUAUAUUGAGGAGACUGCAAAUGACUUCGAUAAUCCCGUAAUAUUUGAUACCAUUCCGGAGAUGACGAAACAAUUGUUGAACGUGGAAAUGGCGAAUUAUAAAACGCCGAUAGAAUGUCUGGAUUCAAAAGCUAUACCACAUCCAUCAUCUAACCCCGCUACUCCCAACGUAUACAGAAGACAUCUACAGUUCAAUGUCAAUCUGAAGAGCUUAUGCAUCAAUGUCAUGUAA